AUGAGUGGGAUAAUUGAUUGUCCUGAAACGAUGAGUGGUGGUGUGAAAAUUUUUGUUGCCGUUGAGACAUUAUUCAUCUGUAUUUCUUCUUGUUUAAUUCAAUUGGGGAUUUUUAAGGCCACAGGAAAAUUUGCCGGUUGGCAAUCGGAUUUCUCGUACACUUUACUGAGAAUUAUUUCCGUUGUCGCUUUACAGUUAUAUGUUAGCGAGAUUGUCGCUCAUGUUCGAUUCGCAUGGGGAUUUGAAGCGAACACUAUCGAUCAGGUUGUCGGCGCCAGUUUUUUGACAUCAUUUGUUACCGACACCAUCCUUGGUGUAACUCUUGUUCUACAUCGUGUAGCGUAUACAAUAUAUCCAUAUAAAGCGUCAAGCGUACUCACUUGUAAAUUGUUGCAGUGCUAUCUUAUUGGUGUGUCAAUAUUUCAUGUUAUACUAUUUGUCGUAAUGGUUACUCCAUAUGCGGGUUAUCAAUUUUGUCCGAAAAGUCUGGAACGUUUCCCAGUGGAAGGUUCCGCCACUACAGUAGUGUUAUGGUAA